GUCGUCUCCCGGUAAGGACGUGUGUACUUUUCCCGCUGUGCCGUCUUCUGUCUGAGGUUCGCGUGCUGUUCGACGUCCUGGUGUUCUGUGUUCGCGUUUGCUAACAAGUGACCCACGUUUUUAGUCGGAUAAAUAGGUGAAGGGUGCAAUUGUGGCAACAAGUGCUCUUACAAGUGUGAUCGAUUCCAGCAUGAGGAGGAUUUCAGUGAGGCAAAAGUGGAAUUCAAAAAAGUGCACUACACUAGAAUCAAACUGCUGACGGAUCAAUCGUGACCUCUGCGCCUAAUUGAGAUCGAAGUUAUUAAAUUGAACCUAAUUGACCAAUCAGGCAGUGCCAAACAGAGAGACGCAGUGUCGGUUGUCUCUGAGAUAAAUUUGUGAUACAGAUAGCGUUUUUUGCGGCAAGGAAAAACGGUGAAGGGUUAAGUGAGCAGAAUGGCAGAGGAAAGUCUUCAUGUUCCGGAUUCCAAUAUCGACUUCCAUAUCGUGCAACUGUUUGAGCGGUUGGAGAAUCUUCGCCGGGAACCGGGCGGUGCUAAGCUGUCCAGUUCUAUUCAAGGCCGGUCAACUAGUAUGCAUAAUGAACUACGAAGUCUGGAGUUUUGGAGAUCGAUAACCUCCGAGUGUUUGGCAUCGUUCUUCUACGUGUUCAUCGUGUGCGGCGCUGCGGCCGGUGCCGGCGUCGGAGCCAGCGUAUCCUCGGUCCUGCUGGCAACUGCUCUCUCGUCCGGAUUCGCCGUCACCGCGUUGACCCAGUGCUUCCUUCACGUGUCAGGAGCCCACAUCAAUCCGGCCGUAACGAUUUCCUUGGCCAUUACCCGCAUGAUAUCUCCUCUGCGAGCUAUUCUGUACAUGAUAGCGCAGUGUGGAGGUUCGAUAGCCGGUGCAGCUCUCCUGUAUGGAGUGACGGUCCCCGGCUAUCAGGGCAACCUGCAGGCAGCCGUGUCGCACACCUCUGCGCUGGCCGCCUGGGAACGCUUCGGUGUCGAGUUCAUCCUGACCUUCGUCGUGGUCCUAUCCUACCUGAUCUCGACCAAUUCGUACAAAAAGUACUUUGGCUCGUCGGCGAUUGCCAUCGGGGCGGCCUACAGUGCAUGCAGUUUCGUCUCGAUGCCUUACCUGAAUCCUGCGCGGUCACUAGGGCCAUCUUUCGUGCUGAAUAAAUGGGACAACCACUGGGUCUACUGGGUAGGUCCACUGAUAGGAGGAAUGGUGUCCGGAUUGCUGCAUGAGUUCAUCUUCAGCACCAAGAAGACGUCCAAAAAAUCGAAGGAUGACGUCGAUUCCAGCGUAAACUCCGACGAGGAUAUCAACUACGAUAUGGACAUGGACAAGCCUCAACAAUCGGGAAAGUACCACACUUAUCGGCCUUCAAGUGGAACCCUCGUUAGCCAACAGCGCUUCUGCCAAAGCAUCUACACUGCCGAACCAACCUCGAAGACUGAUCGCGUUGAAUCGAUCUACGGUGGCACCAAAUCUAUGUACUGUAAGUCUCCUCCGUUGACCCGUGCCAACCUGAACCGAUCGCAGUCAGUCUACACCAAAAGCAACACUGCCCUGAACCGUGACAUGAGCAUCCGCCCUGGACCCCUAGUUCCUGCCCAGAGCCUAUACCCGUUGAGGGUCACCCAGCCACAGAGUUCACAUCUACAGAACCAGAACGUUCAGAACCAACUUCAACAGCGAUCAGAAAGCAUCUACGGCAUUCGAAGCUCUAUGCGUCAGCAAGGACCUCCGGAACGAAUGCCCCAACAACUACAGCCCCAUCCCCAAGCGGGUGAACCACAAGGCUUCCAACCAAUCUACGGCUCCCGCAACAAUCCCAACUGCUCAUCAGAUGCCUUGAAAUUUGACCGGGAACCUCGUGAAAAUAGCCGUGACGACUCCAUGUCCUCCAAGUUCUCCCGCUCCACUCGGCCAGAGUCCAUGUACGGCCAACGCCGGGUACAGUCAGCCCAAUCGGAUGACAGUUCCUACGGGUCAUACCAUGGACCAGGCCCUGCCAUAACUCCGCCAACCCGCAACGCCAGCAAUAGCAGCAGCAACUACAACGGCCAAAUGAUGCUGCCAAACUACGGACCAGGUCCAGUGGGGAUGGCCCAAAUGCAAUCAGAACGCAAAGCAUCGACUUCUUCGCAGCAGCAGCAGCAACAACAACAACAGCAACAGACCAUGGGCAACCGAACGCCAUCUAGUAUACAGAACACCAACCUCCCACCGCCACCACCUCAGCUGCAAGCCCAUCCAGGGGGCUACCCAAUGGCCCACGCCGUGCGGCAGAACUGAACUACCCCGGAGAACCCUAGUGCCAGAAUUUAGAAAUAUGUAAAAAUGUGUGGUUUUCUUGUUUGUAAGUUAAGGUCAGAUUUUUACUACGGUUAGAUAGUCCGGGUUUUGAAUUAGACAGUGGUUUUUACGAGAGAUUUUAUUUAUUGCUAUUCUUUUUUUUAUAUAAUUUCCUACUAUUAACUCUUUAUGUCUUCUACCAAGUAACGAAACACGACCUGGAAAAUUUAAAUCUUGGUUUAACGUCAGGAAACGAAAUACUGAUAUUUAAAGACUGAUGAAACCCACUUUUGAGUAUAGAACAUUUAUGUAUACAUCUUAGGAAACAGUUGUUGAUACUUUUUGGACAUCCAAUGGUUUCAGUUAGCAAAAGUAAUAUAAAAACCGUUCAUAUAAAGUUCGAUUCCAAAACAUGCCACAGGAAUAUCAGUCGCCGUGUGAUUCACGACAUUCAUAAGGAAGCAAUUUAUACCUAAUCGUUUUCGGUAGUUCCGAAAGCAGUUCGCGAAAAAUUGUCACUGCACUCAUAUGUAUUUGAUUUGGAACAUAAAAACUGAUUUGGAAAUAUGGAUCGUUGCCUUAUGAUGAACCAUGGUUUGUUGAACCACAAAACAUGUAGAAUAUCUCUAGAACAACAAUAAAUCACUUUCAAAUCAAAUGAAAACUAUGAAUCUGCGAUUCAAUGACACAUAAUACAGGCGACAGCGACAGACAGGCGACAGAUAUUACCAUUCAAGUGAAGCUAGAAGAUCACCUACUAGCGCUAUAUAUUCUCCUUUAGAAUUCUCCAAUCUAUUAGAAAUUUGUAAACGCGUUAGAAACUUAGUACAAAUGUAUAUAUAAAAAAUGUUUCUAGAGUAACCCUAGAUAGACAUAGUUUAUGAAAACGAUCAAUUAUUUCGAUCGACACCGGUAUCAUGACAAUUAUUUGUAAAUCAAUACUCAAUCCAGCUUCAGUCGAAAAAUUUUCCUGCAGACAAACACCAUCAUAACCUGUAUACAUUUCUUCAAAGUGAAACUGCCUGCAAAGAUUUGUGUCUGUUUGUCUUUAAUUUAUCAUUUCGGACAUUUGAAUAAAAAAAAA